AUGGAACAGUCUGCGUUGUUACUGCGUAAACAACUGGCAGAGCUCAACAAGAACCCGGUGGAGGGCUUUUCCGCGGGUCUUGUCAGUGGUGACAACUUCUACAAGUGGGAGGUGGUCGUCCUCGGCCCUCAGGACACCUUGUAUGAAGGUGGAGUCUUCAAGGCCACGCUGACCUUCCCCCGGAACUAUCCCCUGAGGCCUCCCAAGAUGAAGUUCGUCACAGAAAUCUGGCAUCCGAACGUGGCGAAGAACGGCGAAGUCUGCAUCUCCAUCCUGCACGCGCCCGGCGAGGACAAAUACGGCUAUGAGAGGCCAGAGGAGCGCUGGCUGCCGAUCCACACAGUGGAGACCAUCAUGAUCAGCGUGAUAUCCAUGUUGGCAGACCCCAAUGGAGAGUCUCCGGCCAAUGUGGAUGCUGCUAAAGAGUGGAGGGACGACCCCGAUGGAGUCUUUAAGAGGAACGUGGCCCGAUGUGUGAGGAUGAGUCAGGAGUCAGCGUUUGACUAA